AUGUCUACCGAACGUCGCUUGAAAGCCCUCAAAACCAGGCUUCGCAGUAUUCAAACAUCAUUUGGGCUAAUCAAGGCGUUUGUUGACGAAUAUAACGACGAGACGCAUUCUGAUGAGGUUCCUGUACGUCUGGAAAACCUUGGAGUUUUGUGGAAUGAUUUCCUGAAGGUUCAAGGAGAAAUCGAAGCGAUGGACAUUCUGGAGCCGAAAGCAAUUGAGGCUCACCUAGCACAACGAGUGGAUUUUGAGUCUCUGUAUUACAAAGUGAAAGGAUUUCUUCUUGCUGCCAAUAAACUACCACCUUCACCCAAUAUGCCAAUCGGUUCCAGCUUCACGUCGCACUUUCCUGCUUCUUCACAUCAUAUACGGCUCCCAGACAUCAAAAUUCCAACGUUCAGUGGCAACAUAGACACGUGGCUCAACUUUCAUGAUCUCUUCGUAUCGCUUGUGCACUCAUCGCAUGAACUUUCUAGCAUUCAAAAGUUCUAUUAUCUACGUGCUUCCCUCUCCGGCGAUGCCCAAAAGUUGAUUCAGACCAUUCCGAUCAGUUCCAACAACUACUUGGUUGCUUGGAAUUUACUCUUGGAUCACUUCCAAAAUCCAAGUCGUUUGAAGCAGUCGUAUGUCGAUUCUCUGUUUGAGUUCUCAGCAUUAAAAUCGGAAUCAGCUUCGGAUUUACAUUCUCUUGUGGAACGAUUUGAGGCCAACGUCAAAAUUCUACAUCAGCUAGGCGAACGGACUGAAUACUGGGACAUACUGCUUAUUAGAAUGCUUAGUAUUCGGUUAGACAGCACGACUAGACGGGACUGGGAAGUUUAUGCUACGACUAAAGACAGCGUUUCAUUCCAAGACCUCGUAGCAUUCAUUCAACGCAGGGUAACUGUCCUAGAAAGCAUUAAGGCGAAAGUUCCAGAAACUAUUUUCUCUGGAAACUUAAGAAAAUCCACACAGCGGUCUGUUAGUAGUCAUAGUGCUUAUCAGUUGAACGAUAAACAUUGCGCAAUCUGCUCCGAGAAUCAUGUUUUGUACCAUUGCCCCAGAUUUGCAAAAAUGAAUUUGGAUACGAAGGAGAAAGAAAUUCGUCGACUGCACUUGUGUCGUAACUGCUUGCGUAAGGGUCAUUUAGCCAAUAACUGUUCAUCCACAAAUUGUAGAAAAUGUAGAGGGCGUCAUCAUACUCUGCUGUGUUCAGGAGACUCUCACAGCAACAAGUCUACUGAAUCCACGAAAGCCGAAAAUUCUCUACCAUCUCAACAACCUACGACGUCGGUGUCAGCCAGUCUUGAUAAUCCAGUGAGCCUUGCUUCCACUGGUUGUAUAAAAGUUUUACUUGCCACAGCUAUUGUCAAUCUCAUCGAUGACAAUGGAACAAUCCACACAGCCAGAGCUUUACUUGACUCUGGCAGUGAGUGCUGCUUCAUCACAGAAUCGUUAUCGCAACGAAUGAAGUCCAGCCGCGUAAAAAUCAACCUCCCUAUCAGCGGAAUUGGCCAAUCACUUUCCCACGCACGACACAAGAUACAAACCACGCUACAGUCUCGUGUCAGCAACUUUUCGACUACCCUCGAAUUUAUUGUCCUUUCCAAGGCCACUACUAAUUUGCCAACAUCAUGCUUUGACGUCAGUGAUUGGAAAAUACCUUCCGACAUCAACCUAGCAGACCCCGCCUUCUUUGCAACCAAUCCUGUCGAACUCAUACUAGGAGCCGAAAUCUUCUUCGAGCUACUCAAACCUCCAGGACGAAUUUCUCUCGGCGAUAGUUACCCCCUGCUGAUCAACUCUACAUUUGGCUGGAUCGUAUCUGGAAGGACAAGCAACCGCCAUUCUACAGGUCCUGUAAUGGCAUCCGUAGCUUCGGUCGCUGAGCUUCAUCGGUUGAUGGAACGAUUUUGGUUAAUCGAAGAAGGUGACUCAACUCCGUGCCACUCAGUGGAAGAGGCUGCUUGCGAGAACCACUUCCAGAGCACGGUUUCUCGAACGGAUGAUGGCAGAUACAUGGUGCGGUUACCAGUGAAGCAGGACCUUCUCCCCAACCUAGGCAACAAUUGGAAUACGGCAAAUCGGCGUUUCAAGUACUUGGAAAGUAAACUAUCACGGAAUAAUGAUCAGCGAAUCCAGUAUGUUGAGUUUAUGCACGAAUAUUUGUUCUUGGGUCACAUGUGUGAAGUAAAUAGAGCUCACCAAUUAGACGCUCUCGAGUACUUCAUGCCUCAUCACGCAGUAAUACGCGAAUCGAGCACUACUACUAAAAUUCGCGUAGUCUUUGAUGCAUCCUGCAGGUCCGCAUCCGGUGCAUCACUGAACGACAUCCUCAUGGUUGGCCCUGUAGUACAGGAGGACAUCCGAUCUAUCAUCAUGCGAGCUCGAAAACAUCAAAUCAUGCUUAUUGGCGACAUAAAGCAAAUGUACCGACAAAUAUUAGUAGAUCCACUCGAGGAAAUCCGAAGAGCAGAAAGAAACCUCAUAAGAAUUCUACAAGAACAACAUUUUGAAGAAGAACUUAGGUGCCUACACGACGGAAAACAAGUGUCAUCAAAAUCAAAGCUUCGUUGGUUUCAUCCAAUUUUGGGAAUCGAUCAUCUACUUCGCAUCGGGGGACGUUUGAACAAAGCUCCACGAACCUACGACAGCAAGCAUCAAAUCAUUUUACCAUCCACCCACGCAUUCUCGACUCUGCUCAUUCGUUCUUUCCACCUCAACCAUCUGCACGCCGCUCCUCAACUUUUACUAAGUCUCCUACGCAUGAGAUACUGGGUUUUGGGAGCUAGAAAUCGUGCUCGAUUGAUCGUUCGCCAGUGCAUCAUCUGUUUUAAAGCUCGCCCUAGAUUAGUCGAGCAGUUUAUGGGUGAACUACCUGCUGCGAGAAUAACAGCAACACGACCAUUCGCCGUUGCUGGCAUUGAUUAUUGGGGUCCCAUCUUUCUCAAACCAGUCCACAGGCGCGCUGCGUCUGAGAAAGCAUUCGUCGCUGUUUUCGUUUGCUUCUCAACGAAAGCAGUACACAUUGAACUUGUUGCCGAUCUCAGUACUGCCAAAUUCAUUCAAGCGCUUCGGAGAUUUGUAUCGCGACGGGGAUUAUGCUCCGACAUGCACAGCGACAACGGUCUUAAUUUUCUGGGAGCCGACAACGAAUUACGCCGAUUGGUCAACAGUUCUUCCCACCAACAAGCCGUCAAUCAAGAAUGCCUCGCUCACGGAAUAAGGUGGCACUUCAACCCACCAAAGGCUUCUCACUUCGGGGGACUGUGGGAGGCUGCUAUCUUUUCAGCCCAAAAGCAUUUUAUACGAGUGAUUGGGAAUCAUACAUUAGCCUACGACGACAUGGUUACGCUUUUAUGUCAGAUCGAAUGCUGCUUAAAUUCUCGCCCCAUCACCCCCCUGAGUGACGAAUCUUCGGAUCUAGAACCACUCACUCCCGGACAUUUUUUGAUCGGUUCGCAACUAAAAGCAGUUCCAGAUAACGACCUAUCAGAUAUCCAAAUGAAUCGUCUUCGCAAAUGGCAACAAACCCAGAAAAUCUUCCAGGACAUUUGGAAGAGAUGGCAUCGCGAGUAUCUGUGCACUUUGCAGGCAAGAACCAAAUGGUGCAACACUCCUGUCGAAAUCAAACCUGGUCAACUGGUACUCCUCAAAGACGAAGGAAAAAUUCCUAUGCACUGGCCAACAGCGAGAAUUACUGAGAUCCACCCCGGAGACGAUGGAAUUACACGGGUUGUUUCUGUUCGAAGCUCAUCCAAGGUCUACACUCGUCCGGUGACGAAAAUUUGUGUACUGCCGUUCUCAUCACAACCAACUCCUACUGAAGCGCCUGAGAAUUCCAACAAAUCCGGUGAAGGCCAAUCCGAUAUCCAGGGUACAACGGUUCCAGUUUGCAGCAAAAUUUAA